AGAGGAGCAGGGGCGGACUGACCAUUUGGAAACUCGGGCACUGCCCGAGGGCCUGGAGUCAGUGUGGGGGGCCCAUGAGAUGCCCAUGGUACCUUUUUCAUAGGCUUUUUUGAGUUUGGGCAAGGACACAGGGGCCCCAUGAUCCCCUAUUGCCCGGGGGCCCCAUGAGUUUUCAGUCCGCCCCUGCAGAGGAGGCAUCAGCUCAUGCAGCUCUUGCUCCCUACUACAGCUCCAACUUUCCAAGCAGGCCCGGGGUCAGUAGGGGGCCCAUGAAAUACCCCUGUUACCUUUUUAUAUGCUUUUUUGAGUGUGGGCAAGGACACAGGGGCCCCAUGAUUACCUAUUGCCCGGGGGGCCCA